AUGGAGGCUUUUGCAAAUGCCCUAUUAGGCGUACCCGGCCAAUGUUUGAAUGUGGAGCAACGCAAGCGACUCACAAUUGGUGUCGAGCUCGCUGCAAACCCGGAAUUGUUCCUCUUCCUCGACGAACCGACGUCUGGGCUGGAUAGUCAAACUGCGUGGAUGAUAUGCACAAUUCUUUGUACUAUUCAUCAGCCUUCGUCAACUUUAUUGCAGAUGUUCGACCGGCUUCUUCUCAUUGAGAAGGGUGGAAGAACUCUCUAUUGUGGGGAGGUUGGGCCUCGGUGCGAGACGAUGGUCUCAUAUCUUGAGAGCAAAGGCGCGCGGCCUUGUGGACAAGAUGAGAAUCCGGCCGAAUGGAUGAUGGAAGCGACCGCACCAGAAAGCUCCAUCGAAUGGCAUCAGGAGUGGAAGAAUUCGUCGCAGCAACAAGAGCUAUUACGGGAAAUCGAGCAGCUGGCCUCUACCUCAUACUGGCGCGACCCGGUCUUCCUGUGGGCCAAGUUCCUCUUCACUUGCGGUUCCACAUUGGUCAUUGCUUUCUCAUGCUGGAAAGAACCAGAGGAUCUUCAAGGGUUGCAGACGCAGCUCUUUUCCAUUUUUCUCUUCUUCACUAGUUUCAGUGCCAUGAUGCAGCAAACUGUCCCCCAAUUUACAGAGCGAAGAGCAAUCUUUGAAGCCAGAGAAGGCCCGUCCAAGAUCUUCUCAUGGAAAGCAUUUCUUCUCUCCGCAAUUUUGACGGAUGCUAUAUUCCAGAUCAUUCUGUCAGCACAGGCAUUUGCCCUCCUCUACUACACGAUGGGCAUGAAUUUGGAUAUCCCGCAAGGAGAAGAGCGUGAACGUGCAGCACUCAUGUUCCUAUUUUUCUUGGCCUUCCUACUAUUCACCUCGACUUUCUCCUGCUUGCUGACCGUGGGGAUGGAACAUCGGGAGACUAUUAUCAAUAUCGGGUCCUUGCUCUUCUACCUCAUUCUAAUUUUCUGCGGCAUUCUAGUUCCCUACAACGACCUUCCUAAAUUUUGGACGUUUAUGUAUUGGUUGUCGCCCUUGACCUAUCUCAUUCGAGGAAUGUUUGCUACAGGCAUCGUAGGGAAACAGGUCCCAUGCUCUGCUAAAGAGUUGCUGAAGAUUCCGGCUCCUGGUUUUAUGUCCUGCAAGCAAUACCUCGCUCCAUUUAUCUCCUCCGUGGGAGGCAUGUUGUCCGAUGACAAUGCUACUGGUUUUGCGAGUACUGUCCAUUGGCGCGCACGCAGCGUGGCCAACAGUCUGUAG